AUGUUUGAGACCCUUAUUAACACGAGUGCAUCAGAUAUCAGGGGAGGAAAAGGCCCUGCCGCAAAUCUUUUUGUUAAUACAAUCCCGAAGCCAGUACCAGCUGCUGGGGAAGCCCUAGUGAAAAUAAAAGCGUUUGGUUUGAACCGGAUGGAUCUGCUUCAAAGAGAAGGGAUGUAUCCGGUCCCUCCUAAAGCCCCCAGCACACUUGGCGUGGAAUUCUCCGGGGUUAUUAAAAGCUUGGGUGGUGGGGAUUGUCUCGACUUCAACGUCGGAGACGAGGUAUUCGGAUUAGCCUACGGCGGGGCAUAUGCGGAGUAUAUUUCGUCAUCAGUGCAGACGCUACUUCAUAAGCCGGUUGAGCUCUCCUGGGUAGAAGCUGCAGGAAUACCAGAGACAUGGUUCACAGCAGCACAGGCCAUGUAUCUAGUGGCCCAGUUCGAACCUGGUAAAUCAAUUCUCUGGCAUGCCGGGGCAUCAGCCGUUUCCAUAUCUGGCAUCCAGCUCUCAAAAGCAGAUAACGCUAGUAGUAUUUACAUUACCGCUGGCUCCCAAGAAAAAAUCGAUUUCUGCGUCAGUACACUUGGUGCAACAGCUGGAUUUAACUAUAAGACUCAAGACUGGGCGGCGGAGGUAAAGAAGGCCACGGGUGGUCGCGGUGUCGAUGUGAUUAUCGAUUUCGUUGGCGCAAGCUAUUUCCAAGGAAACCUCGACGCGGCCGCGCUGGAUGGCCGCAUUGCCAAUCUUGCUUUCUUGGGGGGCACAAAAUUGCCUGCCGGUGUCGAUAUCAGUGCAUUUCUGAGGAAGAGGUUGAGGUACGAAGGCAGCUCUCUGCGAAGCAGGGACUCUGCCUACCAGAGACAGCUUCGCGAUCUGUUGCUAAACCGCGCAAUGCCUAAAUUCAAAGAUGGGACGUUCAAGGUAUACAUUGAGGAAGUUUUCCCUUUUGAGAAGGUUGUUGAUGCCCAUUUGCUUCUGGAAAGCAAUCAGACCAAAGGGAAAAUCAUCUGUACCAUCGGAGAGGAUUGA